AUGCCCUCCGAGGCUCGGCCGCAGUCUGUCGGCGGAGCGUCAGGAAGCCUUGCAGCGGACCGGCGGCGGCAGGCAGGGAGGGAGUCCGCAGUGACCGCCGUGCCGGCGGGGCGAGGGACAGCGGCGCGGCCCGCGCUGGGGGCGGCCGGGGCGGAGGAGGGGGGCGGCGGCGGCGGGGCCGGGCGCUCCCCGCCGGCGGGGCCGGGCAGCGGCCACCCCCGUGGCCCGAGCCCCCGCCGCGCCCUGCCCGUCUACAUCCUCAACUUGCGACUCUUCUGGCCGUUGGCGACCGCUGUCUGCACCGCGCUCUUCUGCCUCUGCCAGGCCCUGCGGGGCAGCGCGGCCGAAGAGGGCGCGGCGGAGGCGGGCUCCGUCCCGCUGCUCAAGGGCUCGGCGCUGCUGCUGCUGGUGCUGGGCUGCCUUCUGGUCCGCUGCUGCGGCGGGGCGGGCGGCCCGAGGCGCGGCGGGGUGCGGGCGGCGGCGCGCCGCGGCGUCCUGGAGAGCUUCUACGCGCGGCAGCUGCGGCUCUCGCCCCAUGUGCUGGGGCACAGCAAGGCGCACGUCGGGCGCGUCGUGGCCGAGCUGGUGCGCGCCGCCAAGGCGCAGGGGCUGCAACCGGGCCCGCUGGCCCUCAGCCUGCGCGGGGACUUCGUGCGCAUCGGCAGCGCUUACGAGCAGCACAAGGUGCGCAGCCCUGACUGCUUCGACAUCCUGGUGCCCUUGCGGCUGCCGCCCCACCUGGAGCCCCAGCCGCACAGCGCCGACGGGCUGGGGCCGCGGGGUGCUUUCGUCUGCGGCCUGCGGGCGAGGGCCGGCUGGCCGCGCCGCUACCGGCCCUUCGCCGAGGGCUUCUGCGUGGAGCUGCAGGGCCGUAGCCACCUCUCAUCGGGGCUGGUGCUGCGCUGGUUCCAAGGCCAUCUGCAGCGGUGCUUGGGCGCCGUGCGGUACCGGCUGCAGGAGCGCUGCCGCAUCAGCCUGUCGGCCUGCCCCGGCCGGCCGCCCACGCUGCACAUCGUGCCCUGCUCCGACUACGUUUGCUGCCACAUCUCCAUGGCCGUGCGCCUCAUCCCUGCCAUCCCGCUCGGCGACGCACUCUACCUCACGGCCCUGCUUCCCGAGGGCGCGCAGGCACCCCCUGCCCCCGAGGCCCUGUGGAGUCUCAACGCGUCGCGGCAGGAGCAGAGGCUGCUGAGCUGGCUGAAGGAGCAGGCCCCGGCCACCUCCUGCCACCUGAAGUGUCUGCAGAUCCUCAAGGGCCUACGGGACCUCCGUGGGCAGGGCCUGGAGGAGCCCUUCUGCUCCCAGUGGGGCCGGGUGCUCUCCUCCUACGUGCUGAAGACGGCCCUCUUCUCGCUGCUGCUGCAGGGGCCCUUGGAGGCCUGGGAUGAGCGGUUCCUGGUGGAGCGUCUGGAGGACCUGGUGCUGUACCUUAGGGACUGCCUGCGCAAGCAGGUGCUGAUGCAUUUCUUCUUGGGCAACUCCGGCCUCCCUGAGGCCGUGGUGCUGCCCAGGUUCCUCAAGGAAGCCACCCCCGUGAACUUGCUGGCCGCCUUUGAUGGGCCCACGCUGGACCUGGUCGCCUUCCAGCUGAUCAGUACCUGGAUCCAGGCCCCACACGUCAUCAGGAUGUACAGCAGCCCGCGGUACUUGCGCCCAGUGCCCGUCCCCUGCCGGCAUGUCGCCGAAGCCAAGCAGGAGCCUUCAGGGGAGUGA